AGUCGCUGCGUCACUGAGGACACGUAACGGGACGGCCCGAAUCCCGCACACACACACGCACACACGCACACACACCGGGUGGUCGGGGGCAGAGAAGAGACCCAGCAGGACCAGCAGCGGAAACCUCCCGAACCGAGACGCCUGAAGCUAUCAAUUCCUGACAACUAUUGACACAUAGGACCUGCACAUCUGAUAAAGCAAAAUGGUGUUCAGAGGAACAAUAUCAGACGCUCCGGACUUCGACGCCAGUGCUGAUGCCGAGGCCCUGUACAACGCCAUGAAAGGCAUUGGCAGUGAUAAAGACGCCAUCUUGGACCUGGUCACCUCUCGAAGCAACGCCCAGCGGCAGGAGGUCAUUUCAGCGUACAAAAGCAGCUUUGGAAAGGACCUGAUUGACGAUCUGAAAUACGAGCUGACGGGGAAGUUUGAACGCCUCAUUGUCAGCCUGAUGAGAACACCGGCCUACCACGACGCCAAAGAAAUCCACGACGCAAUCAAAGGAGCUGGAACGAAUGAGAGAUGUCUGAUUGAGGUUCUGGUAUCUAGAACCAACAAGCAGAUACACGACAUGGUUGCAGCAUACAAGGAUGCUUAUGGCAGAGACUUGGAGGAGGACGUCAUCGCAGACACUUCGGGUCACUUUAAGAAGAUGCUGGUUGUUCUCCUGCAGGGGACCAGAGACGAGUCAGGAGUGGUGAAUGCAGACCUGGUGGAGCAGGACGCACAAGACCUGUAUGAAGCAGGAGAAGCGCAGUGGGGGACCGACGAGGCCAAAUUCAUCAUGAUCCUGGGAAACCGCAGCGUGACCCACCUCCGCAUGGUCUUUGAUGCUUAUGAGAAGAUUGCAGAGGUGUCCAUUGAGGACAGCAUUAAGAGCGAGCUCUCCGGAGACUUCGAGAGGCUCAUGCUGGCUGUUGUUCAGUGCAUCAGGAGCGUCCCCAUGUUCUUUGCCAAGCGUCUCUACAAGUCAAUGAAGGGUCUCGGAACGGCUGACAACACUCUGAUCCGGAUCAUGAUCUGUCGCUCUGAAAUCGACAUGUUGGACAUCCGGGAGUGUUUCCGUCUCAGAUAUGAGAAGUCUCUCUACAACAUGAUCAAGGACGACACGUCUGGGGAUUAUAAGAGGACUCUGCUCAACCUGUGUGGAGGAGACGAUGACUUAGCUGGAGAGUUCUUCCCCGAAGCUGCUCAGCUAGCCUACAAGAUGUGGGAAAUAAGUUCCAUGACCAAAGUGCAGCUGAGGCCCACAGUCCGUCCAGCGUCUGGUUUCGACCCAGCUGCCGACGCCCAGGCACUGAGGAAAGCCAUGAAGGGAUUCGGAACGGAUGAAGAUGCCAUCAUUGACAUAGUAGCACAGAGAAGCAAUGCUCAGAGGCAGGAGAUCAGACAGACCUUCAAAUCUCUGCUCGGCCGUGAUCUGAUGAAGGACCUCAAGUCUGAACUGUCGAAGAACCUGGAGAGGCUGAUUAUCGGCCUCAUGCUGACCCCUGCUGAGUUCGAUGCCAAAAUGAUGAGAAAGGCGAUGGAGGGAGCUGGGACGGACGAGCACGCCCUCAUCGAGAUUCUGGUUACCAGGAACAACGAACAAAUACAAGCCAUGAACGCUGCCUAUAAGGACGCCUACAAGAAGUCCCUGGAAGACGCCAUUCAGUCCGACACUUCAGGACAUUUCUGUCGCAUCCUCGUUUCUCUCACACAGGGUGCGAGAGAGGAGGGCCCUGCAGACAUGGAGAGAGCCUUGGCUGAUGCACAGGAACUCGCAGAUGCAUGCAAUGCAGACUCUGACGACAUGGAGAUGAAGUUCAUGAGCAUCCUGUGCACCAGGAGUUUCCCCCAUCUCAGGAAAGUUUUCCAGGAGUUUGUCAAAUGUUCUAACAAGGACAUCGAACAGAUUAUCAAGAAGGAAAUGUCAGGAGAUGUGAAGAAUGCAUUUUAUGCAAUAGUUCGCAGUGUGAAGAACCAGCCGUCCUAUUUUGCAGAUCGUUUGUACAAAGCCAUGAAGGGUCUUGGUACAGACGACCGGGCGCUGAUCCGCAUCAUGGUGUCCCGCAGCGAGGUGGACCUCUUCAAUAUACGCAAAGAGUUCAAGGAGACGCACGACGCCUCCCUCCAUGAAUUCAUCCAGGUAGAAACAAUGAUUGGCGAUACCUCAGGAGACUACCCUGCUGAGAAAACCCUGCUGAUCCUCUGUGGAGGGGAGGACUGAGCCUGCCGCGUCCCUGCAGCUUUACCCACGGCCUCGAGCGACCGCAAGACAAAAUCUGUCCACUGAGUGAAACUGUGGUUGUUUAGCGUCAGUGUCUUUCAAUGUCCCCAUUAUCAAGCCAAACCAAGUGACCUAUGACCUCUCAGCCUCACACGCCAGUUUUCCUUUGCUCUAACUUUCCCUGUCAGACAGGAGGAGAUCUGUCUGUCCUUUUUCCUUCAUUUCUUUAUUCUUCUUUUUUUUUUUUUAUGACACAGAACUUCUGUUUCCCUGUAGCGUUGAAAGAGGCUUCACAUACAGCUCAAGCAGUGCCUUCAGGUUGUAGGCCAUCCAACAAGUACUGUGACUAUA